AUGAAAAGCUCAUUCGAAACAGCAAUAAUUCUCGUCUCAUGUUUCAUCAUACAGAUCGUGGGACAAUUUAAGAUCAUUGAUCUGAACAACAUAAAUGUAACAAACAGUAAUACAGAGUUAAGAAAAGUUAAUUUAGUUCAGAUAAAACCAAUAAUACAAGCUAUUAACAAUCAUAGUACCACCAAACUGUCCACCAAAUCAAUACAACAAACUUCAAGAUCGUUUCCUCAGAUAGCUCAGACAUCGACACAAUCUGAAACAAGUGAAAAUAAAUUUAUUAAGUUAUCUAUUGUAAACUCUGCGGCAGCCGUGGAUCGUCCUUCAAAACGUAACUCGGGUCAAGCUAGCAUUAAAGAAAGCAAAAACAGCACAUCAUUUGGGGAGCAGGUUAAAACUAGUAAACCUCUUCUCACAUCAAAAUUUGGAUCUAUCGUUGGUUACGCGAAAAAGAGUAAAUUACGGACAAACUCAAAUGCUAAAAAUUCGGUCAAUGAUACAAUGCUUAUGCAGAACUUAUUCAAUUCCACUAUAAACACGUCUCCAACAAAAGCCCGCCGAUACAAGUAUCGGGCAUUUAAAUCUCGCUGUCGGUGUGAACGGAUAUGGAACUGUGCCAGAAUACAAAUAUCUGUAGCACGUUGUGCACCAGAUUUUUUUAUGUGCUGUUUAUAA